UGUCGGAUCUCCCGACACCUCCCGCCGCCGCCCUGGCUCCAGCGCGCUUCUUCCCUCUGACCGGCGUCGCCGCCGCACUUCGUUCCACACAGCCGGCGCCCCUCUCGCUGGAGCGCAACCUCCCAAUCCGACGGCGCUCCUCCUCCCACUCCACCCCGAUCCACCCUGAUGCGCGCGACCCACCGGGCGCCGCACCUGCAUGUUGCCGCCCCGCUCCCUGGCCACCGGAGCGCCAUCCUCCCCACUCCACCGCUGCCACCCCGCUCCCAGCCGAAACCCAUGACGCCCCGUCUCUCCUCCCUGGACCGCUGUUGCGCGCCGCCGAUGCGGGACACCUCCCUGAUGCGCCGCCGCCGUGCCGCGGAUGACCACGAGCGACCUUCUUCCACAUCUCCAAGCGCCGCCACUCGGGACGCCACGAACUCAGGCUCCCCUGCCGCCGCGAACUUCUUGCUCCUACCACCACGACCUUCUCCCCCCUGCCGCUGCGUCCUUCUUCCAUGCACUCAGAACUUGGCCAUUUUUGGAUGAGGAAUCAAGAUUGCCCCCGCUGCUCUAUUAGGAUCUACUCGGUUGCUGGUGUUUGCUUCGAGGCUACUCACACCCGAGCUCCCACUAGCCACGACAAUCUCAUUCCCGCAGCAGAUGUCGGCGACCUCGACUAGUGGUUGCCGGAUUCUUUGUUUCUUCUAUACAAAACUGAUGCAUUUCUUCUCUUGUUUCUGCAGUUUUGUUAACUGAACUUUACCGUGUCGACUGAUUGAACUGCACAGAACUUAACUGUCUAGGCUGCAAGGGUGUCACGCGGAGGUGGCUCGAGCCGGCGGGAGAUGCAGCAGUUCGAUGCAGCCCCUCCACACCAUUCAACUCAUGCAGCCAGCUGGCUCAAAGCCAACAGUGAGCUCCUACUUCGACUCACUGCCCACGUAGCUUCUGGGCAUGUGUCGAUGUGUGGUUGAAGCUCUUUCUUUCUCUCCAUAGUCUCAUGUACUGCGCGCCGGACCCGGAGGAGGACUUCGAAGAGGGGUACGAGGGGAAGCAGGUGGUGGUGGAGAACCUGCCGCAGCUGUGCGUGCACCGGGUGGCCAACGAGAGCGGGCGGCCGUGGGCGUGGUGGGACUUCACCAUGGACUACAAGCUGCGGUGCUCCAUGAAGGAGAAGAAGUACAGCAAGGCGUGCGCUGAGGAGGUGGUGGCCUCGCUCGGGCUGUCACUGGAGAAGGUGCUGGCGUGCAUGGGAGACCCCGACGCCGACGCUGACAAUGCCGUGCUGUCCAAGGAGCAGGAGGACCAGAUCGGGCACGGGUCGCGCGGGGGACGUCACCAUCCUGCCCACGCUCGUCAUCAACGACGUCCAGUACAGAGGGAAGCUGGAGAGGACGGCGGUGCUCAAGGCCAUGUGCGCCGGCUUCAAGGAGGGGACCGAGCCGCAAGUUUGCCUGAGCCAUGACAUGGAGACGAACGAGUGCCUGCAUCAGAACGGCGGGUGCUGGCAGGACGAGGCGACGAACAUGACGGUGUGCAGGGACACGUACCGGGGCAGGGUGUGCGAGUGCCCCAUGGUGAACGGCGUCCGCUACGAUGGUGACGGGUACACCCACUGCAAAGGUCGACUGCACCGCCACACGAAGUUCACAGGCCAUAGCUGCGGACGGACAAAAUUCCAACUGUACUGCAACCCCUCAAGAUCCACAGUGGCCAAAGAUGGCGCUCCACAGUUGUUCGGUGUAAUGCCUAAGGAGCAAACAAUGUCUCUCUCACUUUUGUUUUUCGAAAGACCUACCUAUCACUGCACCUUAGGUCCACCACCUACAGCCGGCGCCGCAGUGCCUCGACCAUUCAACUAUGCCACCUCAGCAGUUCAAUAUAUAUUGGAGAAGAAGAAAAAACAACAGUAGGUUCAAAUGUUGUGUUUUAUGAUUGUUGUAGACUUGCAGCAAAUUAGAGGUGGUCUCAAAGAAAAAGUUGUUCCCUUUGAUGGAGCACUUGGCCGUUCCAUUUGUUUUGUUUUGUUUUGCAAAUUGCUAGUUGGCCGUAUAGCUUCAGUAGUGGUAUAAUGCUUUAGGUUCCUGACUAUUGGUCUUGAUGUUUGGCCGUACUUGAGGUUCCAUGCUUGAGGUUGAGCUCGGUAAUGUAUACGGGGGCAGUUUGGAUUUGGUAUUUUUUUGCAGUUUGGCACCGUGUUAUAUGUAUUUU